CUUUCGGUGUCUGUGAUCAACAUCGGUGGAGUGACUGCCAAAUGAUGGAACUUUUUCGCCUUAUUUAACACCCUUUUCGUUUCGACGUGGGUCUCGACGAGGGGCGCAGAAACAGCUGUAUGUGUGUUUUUUUUAAAGACGAGAAUAACUGAAGAAUUUGAAGAAGAACCAACGGUUUCGUCUCGUCACUCGUCUGGCCUGUCUUGUGACUGACACAGGUGGAUUGCAGCUGGAAAACGGCAAAUGCAGAUAUAAAUAUUGGACUAUCACAGAGGCGAGAAAUAUCCUUAAUUACCUCUUAAACCGUGGAAUAUUGACGCUAAGAUAGGGUUUCAUUUCAUUGAAAGGGGUAGACGGCGGACUGUUUGGCGUGUUAGCUUGCUAAUAGGCUAAUUUGGCUAGCUAGUCAGUUAGCAGCUUCCCUGGCCAAUGGCAGGAAAGAAGUGGGAUGCUCGAAGGAGGAGUUAACGUUAGUUGCUAGCAUAAAAUUCACUUGAGGAUAGACGCUUGACAGUCGGUGUUAUAUUUAGUGAACCGCAUUGUAAAGAGAGAUUUAGCGUUACAAUUGUAGGAGAGGAGUUCAGGAUUGUGUGACGAAGCUGCUCACACCGUUUCCUCGCCGCUCAGCAAAUUAGCUUUGGCGAUGGGUAAGAUGAGAUAAUCGGCUAAGAAAGCUAAUGUUGACAAACACUGGUGACUUAAACGCGUUGAUUCGUGUUGUUUCAAAUUGGCUCCCGAGCAGAGAUGCUGUCAAUCGUGUUUGUCAGUACAGUUCUGAGAUGUGUUGUCGCUCAUUUGUCAGCUUUCAGGCCGAAGUGAAAGCAUGUUGACGUUGGAUGUGCUGAAGCUGAAACAUUUGGCAACAAUCAGGAGUGGACCUGCCAUGACUGAAAGGGACAUAGUGAGUCAAAACCCGAUUUACAUCAGUAGGAUUUUCAAUAAGGAUAAGAAGUUAAUAUGAAUUUGGAAUUUAGGUAACAUUUUUUGUCGAGAUGUGGAUGGCAACAAAUGCAGUUAAAACAACAGACGUUUAUACUGCGCAUCAUUUCUUUAUUCGUUGCCUCACUGACUUGUUUCUAAACUUACUUACCUUCUGAAAACUAUCCCUUUCACAGCUUUACCUAACAUUUAUAAAAUCACAAUGCCUGCCAGCAUCUUCUAAAUAUCAGAGGUAGACAAUGCUUGUAGGAGUCGCACUCAUUCAUUUCAAGAUUUCAGUGGAGAUGUUUAGUGUCAUUUAAAAAAAAACAUGACAUUAAAAUUGAAGAACUGGAUCGUGACAGCAGCAGUGAGAUAAGAGUCACCAGCUUUCUCAAAUUUACAAAGGGAAAUAGCCUAUAUAAAUGGAGCCCACGGUCCUGUCUGGCCCUUUGGGGCACACACAGUGGGAGUCAGAACAGCCAUUUCCUCUGGGAUUUCUCACACUGGAUUCAGACAAUGGAGGUGUGCUGUGUCAAAACAAGACUGGUCAGACAGGUUUGGGUUUCAGAAACAGUGACCAGGAACCAACAUCCCAACAUACUGAAGAGGGAAGUGUUUUCCAGGACAAGUCGGUAGAGUUGGACAACCUCAUAAAUAUCUGUGAUUAUUCUUGUGGAGAAUCGCUAUUUGAGGAAGAUCAGUCCACUAAUUCCCAAGCUUCUCUCCAUAGUACGCAUAUAGAGGAAUUGUCUUGCACAGAAAAAAAUGAGGGACUUGAUGAAAUCAGCGACUUCACUCUGUCAUGGCUAUUUUCUCCUAACCUCACUGAUGUGGUUGGGAAAAACUUUGCCUGUGAGGAACUGAGUCUGACACAGGAGGUCUCUCUUGAGGCCUCAAAUGCCCUCAGUGGCAAGGCUGAGCUAAUCAGCCUCAGUGAACCGUCUUCUCCAUCAAAGAUUUCCGAGAGGAAUUCCGAGACAAACCCAGGGGAUCCGUUUUUGUUGGUAGAUCUCCUCUCAAAUGAACCAUCUUGUCUCACCUCAGAGUCUUCACAUGAGUUGAACCCACAGGGUGUCAGUGAGGAGCUGGUAGACCUGUCACAGGAGGAGCAGGCAGGUCUCCCUCCCGCGCAGAACAGGGAAACUUUGUCACCUGAAACCGGAGACAAAGGUUUAUUCCCUGAUCAAGUAACUGAUCUACCUGUAACCAGUAGCUCUACCUUACAAGGUUUACCCGAGAGCUGUCUCCCACAUAACCACAUCAGCACGCCACUGGAGUGUUUUGAAGGAUUUGUGCCUUUGUUGGAUUUAGAGGUUCCUGAUUGUGACAGCAGUCUGAGCCUGUGUCCUGCUAGUCCUGCCUCUGUUAUCUGCACAAGUGCGCCAUUCGAUUUAUCAACAGAGGAGUCGCAGGUGGAACAUGCAGGAGCUGCUGUAAUUAGAAAUCUGACUUCAGAGCAACAAGGUGAGAAUGACUCACUUGUUCUUAGUUUGUCAGCUGAACCUUCAUCACUGACGGUGCCUCUGGCUGAAGAUGUCUUCAACCAGGGCGACUUCACCAGUGAGAGCGACUCUGUGGAGAAUGAGUCUAAGGAUUUGAUGGAAGAUAAAAUUAGCUCUGAAGCCAAAAAUCAGGGGAAUGAAGCAAUGGCUUUGGAUCUUUGUUUAGCCACUGAUGAGGAAACUUGGGACUUGAAACCACUGGAGCGUGUACAGAAUGAAAGCGUUGCUGAUCCGACAACCGAGCAGAGGGAAGAGGAGAGGUUGACAGACGUUAACCAGCUCCAAGGAUCAGACUGUCAUGAAGUGGCUUCUUUAGAUUUUUCAGUCCAGGAGUUGAACAGCUCUUCUCCUGAGGCUGGAUGGACUAGUGAGCAAACCGUGGAGACAAUUUCCCUCUCUAAGAUGGUGGUAGAUGACUCACUGCCAAUGGUCUCAGCUGUGAAUACGAGGGAGGAAGAUGUCUCCCCACUAAAAGCUGUGUUCGACGCUUUAGACCAAGAUGGAGAUGGCUUUGUCCGUAUUGAGGAGUUUAUGGAGUUUGCUGCCGCCUAUGGGGCCGAUCAGGUAAAGGAUCUGACCAAGUUUUUGGAUCCCAGUGGCCUGGGAGUGAUCAGCUUUGAAGACUUCCACCGUGGAAUCUCUGCUAUUAGCAAUGGAGGUCCAGAGCCGCAGCUUUACAAUGUAAACUACAGUCCAGGGGAUGGAGCUGUGGGCUGUCAAGAGGAAUAUGAUGAGCAAAAUGAGGUGACCGACAGCGCGUACCUGGGCUCCGAGAGCACUUACAGUGAGUGCGAGACCUUCACCGAUGAGGACACAGGAGCCCUCGUACCCCCCGAGAUGCAUGAGGAUGUGGAGACGGACAGCGGAAUCGAGGCAACGCUGCACGACCCUGAAGAUGGUGGAAAUAGGUUUUCCCUGAACUCGGAACACCAUAACCACUCCCUGGUGACGGUCAUCGGUGGGGAGGAGGAGCACUUUGAAGAUUUCGGGGAGAGUAAUACGUCAGAGCUGCUACUGGAGAGCAGUGUGGAGGGAACCGGGGAGGAGGGUGACUCCCCUCUUAACAAGACUCCUGAGCAGGUCAAUGGCUCCUCACUGCUCUCUCCCAGCGCAGGCAAGAGGCUGUCCAGCAAGAAAGUGGCAAGACACCUCCUCCAGAACAGCUCGAUGACUCUGGACACAAUGAGUGACUUGACGCGGGACAUCCUGGAGCUCGCCGACAAUGACAUCACAGACAAGGUGCUCCUCCUGGAGCGUCGAGUGGCGGAGCUAGAGAAGGAGUCCGAGGCAUCGGGGGAGCAGCAUACGCGGCUGCGCCAGGAGAACCUUCAGCUGGUGCACAGGGCCAACGCCUUGGAGGAGCAACUGAAGGAGCAGGAGCUCCAUGCGGACGAGCAACUACAGCAAGAGACCCGUCGUCACAAGGAGGCCCUGAGCAAGCUGGAGAGAGAAAGAGGGCUAGAGCUGGAAAACCUACAGGCCAGACUGCAGCAGCUGGAUGAGGAGAACAGUGAGCUGAGAUCCUGUGUCCCUUGUCUACGAGCAAACAUUGAAAGAUUAGAGGAGGAGAAGAGGAAACUGCAGGAUGAGACAGAAUCAAUGACCGACAGGUUGACGGACGAGAUGGAGACCCGCAGGAAGAUGGCUGACAAGCUGAGCCAUGAGCGCCACCAAGGCCAGAAAGAGAAGGAGUGCACGCAGGAGCUUAUUGAAGACCUGCGUAAACAGCUUGAGCACCUACAGUUAUACAAGUUGGAGGCUGAAGCAAAGAGAGGCCGUUCACCUGGUGCAGGGCUGCAGGAGUAUCAGACACGCACCCGUGAAGCAGAGCUGGAGCAAGAGAUCAAACGGCUCAAACAGGACAACCGCAGCCUGAAGGAGCAGAAUGACGAGUUGAACGGCCAGAUCAUCAACUUGAGCAUCCAGGGAGCAAAGAACCUGAUGUCGGCCUCUUUCUCCGACUCCCUGGCAGCUGAGAUCAACUCUGUGUCUCGUGGUGAGUUGAUGGAGGCUAUCCACAAACAGGAGGAGAUCAACUACAGACUCCAGGACUACAUUGACAAAAUCAUCGUGGCCAUCAUGGAGUCCAACCCCUCCAUUCUGGAGGUAAAAUAGAAACCACCUCGACUAAAGGGCCACUCACAGUGACUCCACAUGCUGUUAAAAUAUCGGAGACUUGGCUAAAAGAAAACACAAACUACCAAGAAAGGAUGUAAAAAUAUUCUGACAUAAUUUUGGUAGAAAAACAGCAACGCACUCAACUCAUCCAACUCCCUUCCCAACCCACCCACCCCCUCUUCCCAAAAAAAGAGGAAUUUAAGAAGUCCAUGGCUUUCAGUGAAAAAUAAGCUAUUUUUAGUUCCCUUGACUCUGUGCUUAUUUGUGAGUGUAUGUGUCAGCCCUCCUGGAUAUACUUGGGUUCUGAUGACUUCCAUGUAUUUGGCUAGAGGGACCUGAGUCUCCCCUGUUGAGUGAAUGAAUGUGUAAAUGUGUGUAAGAUCUCAGUAAGGAUUAGAAAUCUUCCCGUCCCUCUCCUAAAAAGUGUCAAUAUAUGAUUGAGGUUAAAAAAAAAAAAAACACAAAACAAAAAAAAAAAAAGAUCAGACAAUUAUACCUAAAGGCCUUAAAUCAAAGGUGAUCAAAGUAUUCAUGCCUCAGUUCAGUCAGUAAAGUGUUACUGGGAUAGUGGUAUGUGGGCUGUCAUCUCCUGAACCAGGCUGAAUUGUGUUUUAAAUCACAAGCAACAUGAAGCACUGGUCAGGAGACUAGGAGCAGCAGUUUCUCUUUUGAGUUUGUCUUUAAUAUGUUUUAAAGCUUGCCGUGCUGCCUACCAGUCCCUAAAACAGAGUGUUCUGUCCUUUAACCAAGUUCCACUGUCUUUCCAGUGAACCCAAGUGAGGGACAUUUCCAGGUCAUCACGGAGGAUGAGAAAUGCCCGGAGGGUUUUUUUUUGUGUGUGUGUGUGGUGUUCUUUUUUUGAUCUGUGUUACAUAAUACUUGGUGACACUAGAAUGAGUAACAAGAAUGACACUGUCGUUCUCGCAGUGUCCCAAACGAAGGAACUGGUUUGUAAUUUGCUUCAUCUCAUUUAUUUUUACAAUGAAACAGGGUCUCAGAGCUCAGGUGGGCUGGAAACCUCAAGUGGGAAAGCACUACAUUUCCCAUCACUCCCUUAACACCUCCGGCACAAUAGAAUAACUCACACUUAUCUCUUAAAUGUAGAUUUGGUACUGUAACUGACAACCUGCUCAUACUGACACGUUCACUUUGUAAGCUCUCCAAACGCUAAGCAUGAAGGGGAAACUGUUGAGUGAUCCUGGGAAUUGUAGUGUAGAUGUGUUUUUUUUUUGUUUUUUUUUAAAGUACAGCCCACCUGAUCCCAGUGUUCUCUUGCUGAGUGAAAGUGACAGGGAGCAAGCUGAUCCAGGUUACUUUUUAUUUUUCUUUGCCGCACAAGUGAAAUAUCGUCAGUAAAAAAAUGUUAAGACUGAAAAAUGCUGACGUUCGACAGGUUAUAUGUGAAGAAUCAAACGGUUGUACUUUGCACUAAGUUUUGUUUUGAUAUUGUUUUGUUGAAAGGAGAAAAAAAAGGUUCAUUGUGAAGGGAUCAAAUCAUAAACGAAGGUGGUUUCGAAACCCGUACGGAGAUGAAUAUAAGAAGUGUGCGGGAUUUGUUUCUGCAGGCUCACAGUACCAGUAAAGUUGGGAGCUGAUGUGGGCUCAAGCUGCAGACAACAUGCUCGCAUUUUAAAAAAAAAAAAAAAAAGCAAAAAAAAAAAAAAGCAUCACACUAACUGUAAUGCCAUAUUUAAUUGGAAAUAUACUACAAACAGUUCUGCAGCCAUGUCUCAAGAUUACACGAUCAGCAGGAAUAAUAUAGAGGAGACAUGGCAGACUUUUGGUAGCAAUAAUGCUUGGCAAGAAAGUGGACAUUGGUGGAGGGCAGAUGAAACAAAGCUGCUCUUUUAUUUUCCUCUGCUGAAGCAACAUCUGCUUUUUCACUUUAGUAUCGCGAAUCGAUGCACGGACCGACGGUGGACUGAUGCUGUGCUCAUGGGUACUGUGCAGCCAUCUGUCAACACAUUGAGGACAUAUCUUUCUGACUCUCAAACUGGACUUUUGCGUCGGAUUUACCUACUGCACCGGACGUCUUGACGGAUUUAUAGUUGAAAGGUCCUGUUUUUUUUGUCCAAACAGCUUGGCGUUCUGCACCAACACAACAACAACAACAACAAAAAAAAAACCCAGUAUGCUCAAGAGAAUUCCUAUUUUUCACCCUGCUCACCUCUUAAGUCUAUCUCACUGCUCUUCUUCACCUGCCACUCCAUGGAAAAUGGCCUUGGAUGUAAAUGACUUGUACAUGUAAAGUUUUUUCUACACUCAUUCUAGAUUCUAGGUAUUUUUAUAGUCCGAGAGGGAAGAAAAAAAAAAAAAGAGAGAACAUUUCUUUUUCUCGUCUUAUGCUGAGAAACAGCUGCCUGUAUUCUUCUCUAGCAUGUAGCGUGUACAGUAUUUGUUGGAUUUAUUUUUUUUUCUUCUUGUUUUAAAAAUCACAAGCAGAUAUAUUUAUUCAUCAUUUGAACACGACGACUCACACGCUCAGCGAUCUGUUCAGCUGAGAACAUGUUGGUUUUUUUUUUUUUUUUUGAAUUCACGAGUGGAGAUGAAUUCACAGUGAAGUGACAGUCUGUGGAGGGAGAAUUUACUGAAGUAAGAGAAAUGUUAUAAAGCAAGGUUGCGUCGUCUGCGGAUGAGUCGCCAUCGGGUGCAGAAGCUUGAAUGUCACCUGGUCGGAGCGGUGGCUUGUCGAGGUCACCGCACUCUUCCGUAACGUCGAUGUUGCUGUGACUUCUUCAGGGUUGUAAUUUUAGAUAUACUGUACGGCAGAGUCUGCAGUUUCUACUGUUGUCUUCCCAGAUGAGAUGGAGUCAGGUACUGCAUGGAAACACUGAUUUUUUUUAAUUUUUAUUGUAUAUCUCUAACUCAAACUAUGUUUUUGACUGACAAAUCAUACGCUAGAACAUCAUCAGUGAGGUUGUAGGUUGUGUGAGACCUCAUAAUGUCAACACAUGCCACCUUAGAGCUCAUUUUCAGGCUUUCUGAGUUCAGCUUCCUGCAUUUUAGUGUGACUGAAAGGUUUUCCCCUAACAGAUUGAAUUCUUUAUAGUAAUGAAUCCUUUUAUGCAUCACAAUGAGGAAACCGUAUGACACCUGAACACAGCAGGCUCUACUACACUUAAUUCUCUCCUUGCUUCAUAUUUUCUGGUUCUGACAGACGGUUAGAGGACUUAACAUGACAGGCAACAGAAACUAAACCACAGGCGAGACCACAGAGCUGAUAAAACAUUCCCUUUUAGCAGAGCUGAAGGCGAUUGCACUUUAACCAGAUCCAGUUUCUCCAUUUUUAACUUUUAAAAUGACCAAAGACAGAUGUUUGAACUUAAACCGAUCAUUAAUCAGGGUCCACGCUUUUUUUUGUUUUGUUUUUUUUUCCUGAGCUAAUACAUCCCAAAUCAACAAACUCUCAGUUUAUCCUGAAAGAAAAAGAAAAAAAACUGGCCUGCUAGUCUAAACACUGUGCCUCUGUGUCUCAAACUUUGCCUCUAAACUAACCUGAUGAUGAGCCCUGGGAAAAGCACUGACCACAUGACUGUCAGUUUGUUAAAUUAUAACGAUGAAACCUGAAACUGUAAAUAUGAAUUGUCAUUUUUUGUGAUUUUCUUUUUCUCUCUCACGCUCACUUCCAGUGUCCAAAGAAAGUUUUGCUCAAGGCAUGAACAUCACUACCGGUGUAGUGCAUGGCUUGCCGUUAUGUGACAUGGGAAGAUAAAAAGAGAAUAUUGUAGAAAACAGAAAUUGUAAAACUUAAAUUUAUGCCUAUUUUCAAAGAUAAAUGUAUAAAUUAUAACAGUAUUGGUUACAGCUGUAUAUUAUUUUUGAAGAUCCCCACAUGAUCUAAUCCUAAUUGUUACUGGGGAAAUAUAAUUUCAGUCAUUGUAAAAAGAGAAAAUAUAAAGGUAAGCAGUGAAAGUAAGAUUAGGAAAAUAAAUGGAAUAAAAUGA